AACUGUGUUUCUGAAUGUUUAUUAUUAUUAAUUAUUAUAUUAAUUAAUAGAAAAAUUCAAAAAGUUAAACUUUACAGUAUUGUUUUGAACAACAUAGAGUAGGUUGAAAUAAAUUAUGUCUAGCAAAUCAGAGGAAAAUGCAUUGCGAUACAGAAGAGCUCAAAGUGUAACAACUGCUGAAGAAAUUACGGAGAAGGAGAAGAAAGCCCGAAAGUCACAGUUGGAUAAACCAAUACAUAAGCCUCGAGAUUCACUAUUUUCAUGGAGCUCAGAAUUUACUGACUUUACCGGAUUAGUAAAUUGGGGUUUUCUUAUGCUGACGGUAGGCGGUCUACGUUUGUGCUUGGAAAAUUUUAUCAAAUACGGUAUCCGAGUGAAUCCUUUUGAAUGGAUUAUUGUAUUAACUGGCUACCAUGAAGGAGACAGUCGCCAGUAUCCUUCUGUUAUAUUACUUAUUUUCAGUGUGGUGCCUGCUGUUUUAGCUUUACUGAUUGAGAAGGCUAUAGCUGUGGAAAUUAUAUCGCCGAAAAUAGGUGUUAGUCUCCAAGUAUUUAACAUAGUUGCUGAGAUAUGUCUUCCAGUUAUAGUGCUAUAUAUAAAAGGCUUGGAAUUUAGUUUUGUGGGAAUUACAACCGUAUGCCUAAUUUAUUUGGUACUAUUCUUGAAACUUUGGAGCUAUGUACAAACAAACCAUUGGUGCAGACAGGGGAAGAGAGGAAAGCAAUAUCAGAAUACUUUACGCCGACAGAGCCUAUCUGCGCCUAAUUGGAAUAACCUAGUUAACGCGGAACAAGAGCAGUCGAUAGAAGAUGAGAAAGCGGAAGGGAAGUCUUCUGGUUUGGUGAAAUAUCCUGAUAAUUUGAACCUCAAAGAUCUCUUCUACUUCCUUUUGGCACCCACCCUUUGCUACGAGUUGAAUUUCCCUCGCACGACACGUAUCCGAAAGAGGUUCUUAAUCAAGAGAAUCAUUGAAGUUGUUUUUGGUGUGAAUUUAGUACUCGCACUAUUCCAACAAUGGAUGAUACCGUCUGUCACAAAUGCGGUGGAUCCGUUCUCGCAGAUGAGCGUCAUAAAGAUAACUGAACGUUUACUUAAACUGGCGGUACCAAACCAUUUAAUAUGGUUGUGUUUAUUCUAUUUGAGCUUCCACUCAUUCCUCAACCUAAUGGGCGAGCUAUUGCAUUUCGCGGACCGCAGCUUCUACAACGACUGGUGGAACGCGAACAACAUCGCGGUGUUCUGGAGCACGUGGAACAUGCCCGUGCACAUGUGGGCCGUGCGGCAUGUGUACAUACCCAUUACUGGGCUCGGCUUCAGCAAGGCGUUAGCUAGCAUUGUUGUGUUCUUCAUAUCCGCCUUCUUCCACGAAUACUUGGUUAGCGUACCGCUCCAGAUGUUCCGAAUAUGGGCAUUCCUUGGAAUGAUGGCGCAGCCCCCUCUCUCAGUGAUCUCAAAGUUGGUCGAAAAGAAACUAGGCGCCCGCUGGGGGAAUAUUAUAGUGUGGAGCUCGCUGAUCCUCGGCCAGCCGCUUGCCAUCAUGAUGUACUAUCACGACUACGCACUUCUGCAUUUUGCGCCUAAACAACAAUAGCAUCAUUUAUUUUUAUUGGGUUUAUAUUUUUUAUCAGUAGCAUCAAAAUCGCAUACAUUACAAACUGAGUCGUACCAAUAUAGACUAAUUUGCUUGCUUAGCCUCUCAAACAGAAGCGAUUUCCUGCGUUUUUUGGUAUAUUAAAUGGAGAAACAUGCAACUAUAUAAAAAAUGAAGUUUCAAUAUUAUAAGCAGCAAAAGAUAAUUAGUAUGCAUUCGUUUUUAAAAGUACAUAGUUUUAAUUCGCACACCAAAAUAAAAUAAAAUACUAGGGCAAACCGGGACGUGGUAUCUGCAGCUUCAGUUUUUACUGAGCUGACUUAUUGAGCCAGUGUUACUAUUUCUAUGCUAGUUAAGGCCGCUCCAGACGAGUUACAGUGCCUCUACUGAAAACAAAAAACUUAUUGGCAGCUACACAGUAAGCACGCCGCAACGAUGCGACCCCGCACCUGUUAAGACAAAAUAGUGCUGCUAGAGCAAUCGCAACAAAUAUAACGCCCCGUCACCUCGCCUUUGUGGAUGGAUUUUACUAUCUAGAACGCAGCUUUAAUGCCGCGCCGAUGCCGUAACGCAUCGUGUGGAUCGGCCGUUAGUUGACAACCGUUGCGAGCUACUUUCGUCGCGCAUCCUGCAAGUAGUUCGCCUCUUUGUGAACAGAACUUUAACUCUUAAUCAAGAUAACUUUAACUACAGAUGUAAGUAAUUCUUCGUUGGUUAAAUUUAAUGUUCAUCUUCUAUAUUAUCAUUUUAAUUAUUUAUUUGUCCUUUAGAAACUGGCUACUAUGUCUUCCUAAUUUUAGAUAAUCGGAUGGUAUUUGUAUUCCAAAGAGAUUACAUGACAAAUAUACAUUGCCAUAAUUUAUUUAUACUAAGAUAUUUUGGAUAGUACCUAAAUGCGAUUUUGUGGAACGAAAAAUUAGUGUUGUUUGUUUUUGAUUAUUUUAAUGGAGUGAAUUUUAAUUUAUUAUUGUUAUUACUUAGGUAUAAGUAUUACAUUUUUUAACAAAUCUUUAAGGUGCUUAUGUGGAAAGACUGAAGCUUAAGAAAUUGAAAGUUCAAAUAUAUUGAUUGCAUGUAGUUUAUUAAUGUGCACAUCAAUGUAACCUAUUUAUUUUUAACUACUAAACAAAGCACCCGGCCUUGAUAGCCAGAGCGAUGUGGGUUCCAAUCCCGCCAAUAACGCAAUUUUAAUAUGUAUGAAAUCCAAGUAAAUAUUUAAUAGAAACAAUGAAGUUUUUGAUAUUGUCUGUUUUAUCAAGUCUCGAGAUCGGAAUCUAGUUGGAACAAAGAACAUAUAUUAAGUCUUAACAUUCCUGAAUAUAAUGGAAAUAUAUUUUUUUACUAUUUAUAAUUUUACUAGAUUUUUUAUUUCCAGUGCUUUAAGUAAUCAUGUAUAAAGAAAAUAUCUUAUAUACAAAAGAUAACAAAGAAAUAUGUAUUUAAACAGACGAGUAGUAAAAUUAGGCCAUCCUAUACACAUGGGUAAUAUUAUUUAUUUUUUAAUUUUUAAUUGAAUAUUAGUAGAAGAUAAAAAAAUGUUCUAAACAAAAUCAGUUAACUUUCGGUGUUUUACCGGAUUUUCACUGUUAAUUUGUUACUACCCCAUGAGCGGCUGCAAAGCAUUUUGCUUUUUUGUUUAAAUACGCACUGUAAAAGAUCUGGAAUGCCCUUUCGGCUUCCGACGUCUCUGCUUCCUAUAAUGUACACCUUACAAAAAUAGAGAACAGCCCUCUUUUAGUCAAGCGCUCUAUAUCUUAGAUACUCAAGAAUGGUAUCGUUCUAAAAAGGUAUUUUAUACCUGUUGUAGAAGUAGAACUGUUUCUUUAAUUUUGGUUAAAAUUAUUAAUAAAACAUGUAUCCUAACAUUACGCAAGUACUGCUUUGUGCCAACUGUAAUCUUAGGACAGGUUUUAUCGUCCUGUAGUUUUUGAGUGUUGAACGAAUAUCGUCUGAUUUUAACAAUCGAUCUAAUUCAAAUCAUCGGAUGGCAGAUUUAAUUUAGUAGAUAGUGCUAAAAUUUUAUGGAUUAAUGGGAAAAAGAUAGCAUUACUAACCUUACUCUGCAAUCUUAAUUUCGUAUAUUUUUACAGUAGCAAAUUCUGUACUACUGAUUCAUAUUUUACAAAAUUUCCACCAAGAGCGCUGGCUGUGGUAGUGUAGACGAAUUUCAACUUUAAACCUAAGGACGAUAAGUUACAAUUUACUACGGUGGUCUGCGUAGAAAUCGUAAACUUGUCCAAUGCAUGGAAAAGAAGUUUGCCCUACGAUCCGCAACUAACCCAAUAAUAAGUGUUUCUAACUUAUUAUACUCCCGGGAUCAAAACUGUUCCACAUAUAAAGUUUACCAAUUAUUUUUUUUAGGUUGGCCUAAUUUUCGUCAGUGUAUCAGUUUAACAGAAAUAUAUUUUAGAAUUUUGAGCAGCGUUAAAUUUUAAUAAUUAUUUUUUAAAUAACUGAUGGGUAGUGUUUCAUAAGAUUAAAAAAUCUAAAUAUGUAUGUGGGUGGUAUAUUAGUAAAUGCAAUGUUUUAAUGUUUUUGUAUUUUGGGUAUUAGUAUUUAAGAUUGAAUUUUAUAUAAAGGCCUUUAAUUUUUACAAAGUAUAUGCCAAAACAAUACGAAUUUAAUUAUGUGAAAGUACUGUGAUUUAUACAUUUCACAUGCAAUGUAAAUUUAAUGUAUUUAUUUUAUAUGUGAUGUGAUACACUUAUCCUGCAAUAAUCAAGAUAAUAUUUGCACUGUUACUUUUAUCAAUAAAAGCAUGUAAAGUUUA